AUGCAUUCUCACGACGUUCCGGUUACUAACACUGGUGGUAGAAAAAGACGGUGGACUAGCGGUACCAUACCCAAGCGCCUAUCAGAAGAUAUGUAUGCCAACAAUGGUGAAUACUCCAUGUUAAUGGUUGCUGCAAGCUUUCAAAAUGAUGAACAUGUUCACUUGUUGUCCCCAGUUGAUGUAUCUACUUCUCUUUCGGUGAACAGGUCUGGAAGGCUUGAGAAUAAUGCAGCACAAUACUCGGUUGAUAUCGAGUUAUCUAGCUUGGUCUUGUCCCUUGAUGAAGAUCAAUUGCAGCAAAUACUGUAUCUGUAUAAUUAUCUAUGCACUUGUCAGCUAAAAGAGAAAUAUGGACGAUAUCGCCCUUGGGGGAUACCUAUAUCAAAAAGACCUUGA